ACACCGAAUCCAAAACGGGGGCUACUAUAGACCAUGGCAACCUCCGUUGGAGCUCGUUUAGUUUGGGGGCACGCCAAGUUGACAGUCUUGGCAACGGCGGCGGCUAUGAGUCCGAAAUUGCGCGUGGCAUCCUGCGACGCCGGGCAGUCUCCAACACCACCAACGCGCUCCAUCAACAACGCUGUGUUGCGAAAAAAGAUGACUUCGAUCGGCCAUUUUUCCAUGAUUUCCGAGACAGCCUUCAAUCCUUCCAUCGUUACUUUCUUUAUCAAACUAAGCGGUCCGCCCAUGACCCUUCCCGAUUUUGCCAAACUCUGGCAAACGCGGGAAAUGGACCAGCGCCACGAGCGCUUUCAUCAGGCUGUUUCCGAGACGCACCCGGGACACUUUGAAGCCAUUCCACUCGAGCCGGAACAGGAUCCGGUCUCGAGGCACCUAUCCGAUACAAUUUUCCCUUCGUCUCGCCAAGACUUGCAGGCCCGUAUACAAACGACCCAAACGUCUCGUUGGAAUUUGUCCAACGAACUUUGGCAUAUUUAUAUAGCCAGUUCCUUGGAAAAACGCGAAUCGCUUUUGCUUUUUCGUGGACACCACGCCUUGGCAGACGGAGCCAGUAUGGGUGCCGCCCUGAUGGAUUUGAGCGACGAAGCUGCCAUCUUACAAUCACAGAUACGAACGCUCUUAGACGCACGUAAGAUCAAAGCCCGCGCCCGGACCUGGUGGCAAAAAGUAUUCCGGAGUCUGGGACAGCUCUGGUGGCUCUUCAGCGGAUCCAUUCGUGCGGUUUGCUAUCAAGGCGAAUUAUUGCUGUGGGCGUGGUGGAAUCCGAGUCCGUGGAAGCAAAUUGAAGCCGCAUCCAAUUCGUCAAAUGUCGCUACCCAAGAUGAAGCGGAUGUUCCUCUUCGCAACAUAUCCAUGACAACCGCCGCUCCGGUUGAUCAAGUCAAAUGGGUUGCUCAGAUGCUCAGUCAAGAUUCAGGGCGCAAAAUUACCGUCAACGAUGUCUUUUGCUCCUGUGUGACUGCAGCUUUAGCGAAACAGUUUCAGUAUCAUCGACAGCGCAUGCUUAUUCUUGCCGAAGUUGCUGGGGACAAAAGCACACAGCCUUUGCCUCCCAUUGAGCGUUUCCACGUGACAAUCCCGGUCCAUUUGCGAGGUGGAAUUGUGUUGCCGGGUGAGUCGGUAGGCAAUCGGUUGGGUGCUUUCACUGCACGCUUACCAGGAGAAAUCGACCAUGCAAUUACACUGACAGCUACUGAGCGCCUUCGUACCGUCCACGAUGAAUUAGCGUUCAUCAAGAGCACGCCGGCAGCACUAGUCAGCCACCUACUAGCCAAAGUGCUCAGUACAGCCUCUCGUGUGCUCCCCUCUACUUGGACAUCGGCCGCGUUUGCCGCGUCGAGCGCCAACUCCAGUUGCGUCGUGACCAAUACGCGAGGUCCGCCCCAACCUGUUCACAUGGCUGGACGUAAGGUAGAAGCCAUACAAGGGUUCAUUCCGUUGCCACCCGGAAUACCGAUCGGUGUCGUGGUGAGCUCGUACGCCAGCGAUUUGGGAUUGACCGUGACAGCCGAAGCGUGGGCUGUCCCCAAUGCAGACCUAUUUCUGCAGUGGGUCUUGGAAGAGUAUCUCGAGUUGGUACGAGCAGCCAAAGCUAAAUCAGAAAUACUUGAGCGUCAGCAACCAUACGCAGUAGCUCAAGAAUAG